AUGGCUAAGAUCAACGACGCCACCAACUCAUUCUUCAACUUCACUUCCGGUAGGUGGCAUUACAAUGAACAUCUGCGCCUUUCGGAGAGGCGACUCUACUUCAACAUAAACGAGCUGUGUCACCUUGUUGCCAAAUCUGUCGGGCUACCACGUACCGAUAUUGCACUCGUCACAAAGAUCGCAGAGGCUGGUUCAUACCGUAUCUUUGAAGCAACUUUCCACAAUGGGUUGAAGGUCAUCGCACGCCUCCCAUAUCCUUGUACUAUUCCUCGCAAAUACGGCGUCGCUAGCGAGGUUGCCACGAUGGAGUUUCUACGUAUGCAUGGCAUUCCAAUUCCCAAGAUCCUCGACUGGAGCUCAUCUGCUUCUAAUCCACUUGGAACAGAAUAUAUCAUCAUGGAGCGAGUUUCAGGGAGGGAGUUAGCGGAUACAUGGCAUACUAUGACAUUUAAAGAAAGGAUGGCGGUUGUUGAGAAGAUUGUGGAUUUAGAAAGGCUUCUGUUUGGCAUUCGGUUUCCUGCUAGUGGUAGUCUUUUUUUCAAAGAUUCCUUGGAUCCUGAUGUCAAGAGCGUGGAUAUGCCCGAAGACAACAGCCUCAAAGAUGUAGGCAAAUUCUGCAUUGGACCCUCGACUGAGUAUCUCUGGUGGUACCAAAAGCGAAAUGAGCUCGCUGCCAGUCGCGGACCUUGGAAGAGUAGUGAAGAGGUGUUGAAAGCAGUUGGUGAGAGGGAGAUCCUAUGGCUCCAGAGAUUCGGCGAGAAGCGGUAUCCACGGGGACCAUUUUACAGGGAGUUCUAUAAUCGUCAAAAGGUAGAUCCACAGGUGCAGAUUCGUCAUCUAUUAGACCACCUAAAAGUUGCUCCUCACCUCGUUCCGAAAGUAGAGCAGCUGAACGUACCUACUAUUCGUCACCCUGACCUCUCACCCAGCAAUAUCUUCAUCUCCGACUCUGGCGACAUCACUGGCAUCAUCGACUGGCAACAUGCUACGAUCCUUCCAAUAUUUUUACCAGCCAAAAUCCCGAAGCAUUUCCAGAAUUACGGUGACGAUGAUUCCGAGAAUUUCCGGCGUCCAGAACUUGCAGAAGAUUUCGCCAACAUGACCGGCAGUGACAAAGAAGUAGAGAUGGAGCGAUACCGGCGACGGCAAGUGCACUACUUCUACCUUGGCUACACCAGUGAGCUCAACAAGGCUCACUUCCACGCAAUGGGAAAGUAUAACCUUAUUUUGAGGAGCCAGCCUUAUGAUACUGCUAGUCGGCCAUGGGAAGGUGAUAACACAUCGCUCCAAGCACAAUUGAUUAAGACAAUAGCGCAAUGGUCCGAGAUUGCCUCUCCAGAAGAUAAUUGCGUAGUUCGCUACCCCCCAGCGGAAAUCGAGGAAUGCCUCGACAGGGACGCUAAGCAGAACAACGUUAACGAGCAGAUGCAGCAAGUGCGCGAUUUCAUUGGGAUUAACAUUGACGGCUUGGUACUGAAUGAGGAUUUUGAGAAUGCGAGAGCGAGGGCUAAACUUAUUAAAAAUGAGCUGGCGGAAAGCGCCGAUACAGAAGAACAGAGGAAGGAGUUCGAUGAAAUCUGGCCUUUUCAGAAUCAUGAGGAAAUAGAUUAA